AUGUCAUCUUGGUGUAUCGCUAGUGAAGAUAAUGUACAUGGCAGACAUCAAAAAGGUUUAUCUCUGUGGACACGAGUUCACAAGUUGUAUGAACAAGCUCAAGCAGAUAAUCCAGAAGAACUCAGCGAAAGAAAUGUCGAUAUGAUAAAAGGUCGUUGGAAACGACUAAAUGAAAAUGGAAACAAGUGGCUUGCUGCUUGCAAGGAAGCAUAUAGUCGGAAAAGGAGUGGAAUGAGCCAAGCAGAUGUUGAAAAAGAAGCUCAUGCAAUUUAUAAUGAAACAUGUGGUUGCAGGUUUCAGGAUUUAGUUGUAUUCAACGAAGUCAUGUAUGAAGUUUCUAAUGAAGAGAGUGGUGGCAGCUCCAAAAGAUCGAGGACUUCCGAACAUGGAGAUUAUUCUGCACCUUCCAACCCAGAAACUCCAACUAGUGAUUGUUCAACUAUUCCUCGUCCUAUAGGAAGAGAUAAAGCCAAAAGAAAAGGAAAAGGUAAGAUAUCAGAAUCUUCAUCUAAUAAUGAAGUUGUUGCAGAAAUUCGUGCUUUGAGACUAACUAAAGACAAUGAGGUCGAAGCAAUGACCAAACUACACGAGGCUAGAGUCGACUUGGAGCUGAAGAAGGAACAGAGAAAGGCUAUUAAGAUGAAGGAAGUUAUGUUGAACACAUUGUUGGCAAAAGAUAAUUUGUCCCCGGAAGAUGAAGAGAUGAAACGUCGUCUAAUUGAAAUUGUGUUUAGACAGUCAAUGUAG